GAAGAAACGAUUCGAAUCUCUCAAAAAAACUACCUUCGCUAGUGGAAACAGACUUCUAGUCCAUCAUACUAUGGACUAGAAGUUUGUAUGUGGUUCUUUUUACCACGUAUUUUUUUUAAUCUCGUAAGAGAGUUGAAGCAGAAUGUGGUCUGGUCAGAAUACUAACUACAACGAAUACAACGGCCUGAACGACAUCCAACGACGGGGAGCGCGCUACACGAGUCGGAAGUGGCUGCCUCCACAUCAUGACGAGUUCUACGUUGUCCUGAAGCCAGGUGAACGCGGUUUCAUCACGGGACCAAGAAAUGCGAUGGUACAAAUUCGUAUCAUUCUCUGCUGGUUCCAUUUAAUUACGGAGUACAUUGGCAUCCAAUUAUAAGAAGGAUUCAAGAAGUAGAUGCGAGUUUGAUGAUCAUCACAACUUCAUCUUUGCUAUCAACACAUCAACGGAGGUCGCUCCCCUCCCGCCACUGAAAAAAUUCGAUGAUGGUACACGACCUGCGCCGUGGUCUCCGCGGAAAAAAGAACGGUUUCUGAUCCCACCACCUACGCCACUAAGCGCCAGGAACAACAAUGCGCAGAACAUGCCAUCUACUCGUAAAGGACGUCGUGGACCGCAGAUCAUGUCCUUGGAGGGCGGCGAUAGCUUCUGGCACCCACCAGCGGCGAGCACGGUGACUGGGCUGAAGUUCACUGGAAAACCAAAGAGACAGUUUGACUUCUCCAAAAUUCUGGAUGAAGUAGUCCUCGAGCCGAAAAAGAGGGAAAUCGUACUUGUUUUUUUCAUGAUAGAGACAGUUUGACUUCUCCAAAAUCCUGGAUGAAGUAGUCCUCGAGCCGAAAAAAAGGGAGAUCGUACUUGUUUUUUUCAUGAUAGAGCGAGUUUUUGCUGGAUGAAUUUGUAAUAGUGAUGAAAGAUUGUGUUGAAGCAAGACGUUCUCCCACAUGCAAUGACACUGAACCUUUCAUUACACUCACCUCCCACUAACCUUUCUUUCAUGACAAUCAACAGGGCGAUCCGCCGUGGAACGACUGGUUGCCGGCUGCGGGACAGAAGGACCUGACGUACAACGGUUUAGCGCAAUUUCAUCCGUACUGCUUCACGGCGUAAUGAUAGAUCGGUGUGGGAGUUUACGCUCUCCGAAUGGAUUGCACAUCAAAUGUUUUUUGUUGAAAAAAUGGUUUACGUAUGCAGCACACUGUAUGAAAGUAGACAGAACAAGUUUACCUAGUAAGUUAGAGCAUGUAGUUGAGGUUACGUAAGUAUAGUGUUGGACGACCUAGUAGAUUCAAAAUCAAAAAGCCUACGUAGCAGUAUCUAGGUAGACGCGAAGAGAACGAGUUUGGUCUUGCAUGGUCACUGUGAUACAGAAAAGGAAAGAAAAGUAGUGAAAAAAAAUUUUCUUUCUGCAAGCGAGAGCUGGCCACUUCGUGGUAGUAUAGGCACAGUAAGUAGAGGUUCGGAUUUCAGGCGUAGUAGACGCAUUCAACAAGAACAGCAUGGUUUUGCAGCAUAGAUUUUCCUAGAAGGAGUUUCUCGACACUACAGAUCGUCCAAAAAUAAUUUGUUUUGAUUUCCUUUGAUUUGUCGCGACACUGUGUUGUCGAAAAGUUCACAU